UCCAAAAGGCUUCUGCGCGGACAAACACCAUGAUGCUGCUCACGAAAUUAUCGAGACAAUUCGGUGGGUCUGUGAAGAAAUCCCAGAUCUCAAGCUUGCUAUGGAAAACUACGUUUUAAUUGACUAUGAUACAAAAAGCUUUGAGAGCAUGCAGAGGCUUUGUGACAAGUACAACCGCGCCAUCGACAGCAUUCACCAGUUGUGGAAGGGAACCACCCAACCGAUGAAGCUGAACACUCGUCCCUCCAACGGGCUCCUGCGGCACAUCCUGCAGCAAGUCUACAACCACUCGGUCACCGACCCGGAGAAACUCAACAACUAUGAGCCCUUUUCCCCAGAGGUUUACGGAGAAACUUCCUUUGACUUGGUGGCCCAAAUGAUAGAUGAAAUCAAAAUGACAGAGGAUGAUUUGUUUGUUGACUUGGGUAGUGGUGUGGGGCAGGUGGUGCUUCAAGUGGCUGCAGCCACAAACUGCAAACAUCACUAUGGUGUGGAGAAAGCUGAUAUUCCAGCCAAAUAUGCUGAGACGAUGGACAGAGAGUUCAGAAAGUGGAUGAAAUGGUAUGGGAAAAAACAUGCAGAAUACACACUGGAAAGAGGUGACUUCCUCUCGGAAGAAUGGCGAGAGAGAAUUGCAAACACAAGUGUUAUUUUUGUGAAUAAUUUUGCCUUUGGUCCUGAGGUGGAUCAUCAACUGAAGGAGCGAUUUGCAAACAUGAAGGAAGGUGGGAGAAUUGUGUCCUCAAAACCUUUUGCACCUCUAAAUUUCCGAAUUAACAGUCGAAACUUGAGUGACAUUGGCACUAUAAUGAGAGUUGUGGAGCUGUCACCACUGAAAGGGUCUGUGUCAUGGACCGGGAAACCAGUUUCUUACUACCUGCAUACUAUUGACCGCACCAUACUUGAAAACUAUUUUUCUAGUCUCAAAAAUCCAAAACUCAGGGAGGAACAAGAGGCAGCUAGACGUCGUCAACAAAGAGAAAACAAGAGCAACACAACUACUCCAACGAAAGUUCAAGAAAACAAGGAUUCUGGUGCUGAAGAAGAAAAGGCUGGGGCAAAUUCUGUUAAAAAGCCAUCUCCCUCCAAAGCACGGAAGAAGAAGCUGAGUAAAAAAGGAAGGAAAAUGGCAGGCAGGAAACGAGGACGUCCCAAGAAAAUGAACACUGCAAAUACAGAGCGCAAGACCAAGAAGAACCAAACUGCACUAGAACUUCUGCACGCGCAAACUGUUUCACAGACAUCGUCAUCCUCUCCUCAGGAUGCGUACAAGUCACCUCAUAGUCCAUAUUACCAACUACCUCCUAAAGUGCAACGGCAUUCAUCCAACCAGCUACUGGUGACACCCACCCCACCCGCACUACAGAAGCUGCUAGACUCUUUUAAGAUCCAGUACAUGCAGUUCAUGGCUUACAUGAAAACUCCUCAGUACAAAGCGAGUCUGCAACAGUUACUGGAGCAGGAAAAGGAAAAGAAUGCUCAGCUACUGGGGACAGCACAGCAGUUAUUCACCCACUGCCAGGCACAGAAAGAGGAAAUCAAACGUCUUUUUCAGCAGAAACUUGAUGAGUUGGGAGUUAAAGCUCUGACGUACAACGACCUGAUUCAGGCUCAGAAGGAAAUCUCUGCUCACAAUCAGCAACUGAAAGAACAGACAAAACAGCUGGAGAAGGACAACAGUGAACUCAGGAACCAGAGCUUACAGCUGCUGAAGGCACGGUGUGAAGAGCUGAAGCUGGACUGGUCAACGUUGUCACUGGAGAACCUGCUGAAAGAGAAGCAGGCGCUGAAGAAUCAGAUUUCUGAGAAACAAAAGCACUGUUUGGAACUGCAGAUCAGCAUUGUGGAACUUGAGAAAAGUCAAAGGCAGCAGGAGCUCCUGCAGCUGAAAUCGUACACGCCGUCUGAGGAGUCGCUGUCAGUGCAGCUCCGCAAUAAGCCCCAUCUGAGCCGUGAUCCUGAGGCUGAUCACGGCAGGUUCCAGCUGGAGCUGGAAUGCUCUAAGUUCCCCAUGCCCCACAUCAAUGGCAUGAGCCCUGAACUCUCCAUGAACGGCCACGCGACUCCCUACGAAAUCCAUAACACUUUUAGCAGGCCCUCCUCCAAGCAGAACACCCCUCAGUACAGCACCUCUCACCUGGACCAAGACAUAGUUCCGUGUACCCCGAACCACGGCAGCAGACAGAAGGCAGACAAGAUGACCAGCUUGUCCUUACCCGAUUAUACCAGGUUUUCCCCAGCUAAAAUAGCCCUGAGGAGACACUUGAAUCAAGACCAUGCAGUCAAUGGAAAAGCAACAACUAAUGAGAUACAGAGAGCUGACCAUGUCAAAGAGAAUGGCCUUACAUAUCCAAGCCCUGGUAUUUCAAAUGGCAUAAAGCUGAGUCCUCAGGAAACUCGGCCCUCUUCCCCAGCGGCCUUACCAGUUGCAGGCGAGAAGGUUUUGAGAGAGAGAACCUCUGUGAGUAAUGGAGAAACUAUCACCAGCCUACCUAUCAGUAUUCCUCUCAGCACAGUGCAGCCCAAUAAACUCCCUGUUAGUAUCCCUCUGGCCAGCGUAGUCCUACCUAGCCGUGUUGAGAAGGUGAGAAGCACACCUAGCCCAGUUCAUCAGAGUAGAGACUCCUCGACACUUGAAAAGCAGUUUGGUGCUAGUUCUCAUAAUGGCGUAAGCAAUGCUGCUGGAAACAAGCCACUGGCUUUGGCUACCUCAGGUUUUUCUUACUCUUCUGGCUCCGUGGCAGUCAAUGGAAAUCUUACAAACAGCCCAGCCCAUCUUAACCAUAGUGUUGAUCAGGCAGCUCUGGACGACUCCGGGAGUCUCUUUAGCUCUGUAGGGUCUCGGAGUUCCACUCCACAACAUCCUUUGCUAAUGAUGCAGUCGAGGAACUCUGGGCCAAACUCCCCUGCUCACCAGCACUCAGCAAGCCCCAGGUUAAAUGGCACCUCUCAGAGCCUGGUAGGAGGGGUAUUGCAAUAUGCAGAUGCUCAGAAGAUGUUUGCCGAAGGAACAAAGGGGGAUCUUCAGUCUGAUGCAGCGUUUUCAGAUCCUGAGAACGAGGCCAAGAGAAGAAUCAUCUUUACGAUCUCUCCUAAUACAGGACAUGUAAAACAAUCCCCUUCCAACAAGCACAGUCCUCUGCCCGCGAGCGCUCGGCUGGACUGCGGCCAAGCCCACGCGCAGGACGGCAAGAAGCGAGGCCGGCGGAAGAGAAGCUCCACCGGGAAUCUCAGCGGGAACGCCGGGGUCUCCCCUAAACGCAAAUCCUUACCUACUGUGUCUGGGCUCUUUACGCAGCCGUCGGGUUCACCCCUCAAUAUCAACUCCAUGGUCAAUAACAUUAACCAGCCUUUAGAAAUAACAGCCAUUUCCUCUCCUGAAAACUCCCUGAAGAACUCUCCUGUUCCUUACCAGGACAAUGACCAGCCCCCGGUACUGAAAAAGGAAAAGCCCCUCGUUCAGACCAACGGGGUUCAUUACUCCCCUCUAACGUCGGAUGAAGAGCAGGGAUCUGAAGACGAGCACAACAGCAGCAGAAUCGAAAGGAAAAUUGCAACCAUAUCAUUGGAAAGCAAAUCUCCGCAGAAGACUGUUGAAAAUGGCGGCAGCUUAUCUGGGAGGAAACAAGCACAAAGCACCGAGAACAUGAACAGCAGUAAAUGGAAAUCGACUUUUUCACCGAUCUCUGACAUCAACCUGACCAAAACGACAGACAGUCCCUUGCAGUCGGUCUCGGCCCUGAGCCAGAGCUCGCUGUUUGCCUUCAGGCCGCCCUCGGAGGACGCUCUGGCCAUGGACACCAAGGUGGCACCUCACGGGAGGAAAAACGUCGCCGUGGCCUCGGCCGGUGCCGACGGGCUCAGCCCCGGUACAAACCCCCCCAACGGAUUCUCCUACAACGGGGGGCUCUCCGCAGACCUGGGUUUACACAGCUUUAUCGAUGGUGCUUCUCUUCCCCACAAAGCUUCCGAGGUGACCACUUCCAGCUCCUCCCUGGGAUUCCAGUCGCAACGAAGCAAAGAUGUGGGGGGAUCGGAAACGAAUCCCUUCUUGAACAAGAGGCAACUCGAAGGCCUCGGCGGCACGAAAGGAGAAGAUUUAAAUCGGUCGGGGGUGAAAGGCAAAGAGAUCGGCGAAAUAAACGUUCGUGCUGGGGGUUCUUCGGAAAAAAACUCUUUGCAGCAUAACGGAAAGGUCGGCAAAGGAAGGGACCGAGAUGUGGAGUUUAAAAAUGGCCACAACCUUUUCAUUUCUGCUGCUGUUUCGUCUGGUGGCCUUCUGAAUGGGAAAAGCCUUCCUACUGCUGUUUCUUCAGCAGCCAACCCAGCAUCUUCUGUUCAGGCUCACCAUCCUUUCCUAAACACUCUGACCACUGGAUCGCAGUUUCCCCUCGGCCCCAUGGCCUUGCAAGCAAACCUCAACUCGGUGACAAAUUCCUCAGUAUUGCAGUCCUUAUUUAAUUCCAUGCCAGCUGCUGCCAGUCUGGUCCACGUGUCAUCAGCUGCAACCAGACUGACUAAUUCUCACACUAUGGGGAACUUCUCUCCUGGGGUUACAGGUGGAACAGUUGGAGGUAUUUUUAACCAUGCGGUGCCUUCUGCCUCCUCUCCUCAUCAAUUUGGAGCCAGUUUCAGCAGCAGUGCUGUCUCUAGCAGCACGGUGCUAAGCUUAAACCCCCUGCAGGCUAUUGCCAGCACCUCAUCCUCAUCCUUCCCACCCCCUCCCUCUAAUUUAGUAACAUCUAGUGAGACUAGAUCUGCUCAGCACCUCAACAGAGCGCCAGUGCAAUCUGUUUUCCAUUCCCCUCCUCCCCCUCCUAACGUUUCCUUGCCCCCUCCUCCUCCAUUACUCGCUUCUAACUCCGAGCCCGCGCUUCUGCAGACCCUGCCAUCCAUCCCGCCCGCCGAGGCUUUUUUGCCACCCUCAUCCUCUGCUUCUGCCCAACCUGCUAACGCUUCUUUGUCUAUUAAGCUAGCUUCUCUCCAGCACAAAUCCUCCCGCCCCUCCUUUACAGUCCAUCACCCGCCUCUGCCCCGUUUGGCGCUGGCCCCGUCCGCGCCCGGGAUCACCCAGUCCAACGCUGGCACCUCGGCCAUGUGGGUUACCCUGGGCAUGCAGCCUCCUUACGCUUCGCACCUUUCCGGGGUUAAGCCGCGAUAAAGAGCUUGCUUAGCUAACCGUUCUUAUUGCGUAAGGUAACUAGGAUUUCUACCUCAACCCAAUGUGACCUAUGCAAGGACAACGUGGACCAACUUCACUCGGCUUCCACUGAAAGGUGCUCACCUGGCCUGUGCAGGGGUUUCUACUCUAUUACUACUGGACAAAAUAAAAACAUGAAAAGACCUAAACAACAGAAAAAAAAAAUAUUUACUGUGAAUCUGAGUAAAAAAAGGCAAAAAAAGAAAAAAAAAAAAAGGCAGAAGAAAUGCUUAAAGCUCCAGUUUGUAUUGUUGAUAGUUUAGAUAAAGUAUUUAUCUUUUUUUAAAGUGAAAACAAUUUUGACUUAUUUUAUUCCACCUAGAAUCAUAAAUACGACUUAUUAUUAAAUUCUCUUGACUAAUAAAGGACUGGCACACCAGCAGAGAUGUAAAGAGCCUCCUCUCGGUGCUAUUUCAACCCGUCAGAACUGUGCCUCUAGUUUGAUCCUUGGUGCUGCCUUCGGAGGGUUGCCCGACGCCAGACCCAGUUCUCAGACAGGUGGGAGUUUUGGUUUAUUCCACUCGCUCUGUUCAUAUCCCAACGUCCUCGGGCUUCGCAGAAAAAGGCAGUUUCUGCCUUUCGAACCCAAUGCUCUGUUUUUAACCCAAACUGAGCCAGGCGAUCCAUUAACUGGGUGGUCUUUAAUUGUCUCCGUUACAAAGAAGGACAUGGGGGCACCCCUCUGGCGUGGCCCUGGGGUGGCUCGGCCCCAUCUGACCACAAGAAAUUCAAGUCCUGCCCUGUUGGAACUCCUCCACUGGGCCAUUUGCAGUUGCUGGUGGCACUGGAGUCACUGUGAAUAUUGGUAGCCAGCCCGGUAACUGGUUUUGGGGUGUCGUUGGCAUAUGAACAGGGUGGGGAAUCACUGGUGUUGGUCAGGCCCUUGUCACCAGCGGUGGGAAGACACAACGUAGCGCGUCUUGUACUGGUGCAGGGAGCAGAACUUCUCACAGCUCGUUGGUUUUGUUCCAAGUACGAUGUAUUUUUUGUUUUUUUUGUUAGUAGGGUUUUGAUACUUGAUUCAGCAAUGGCUUAGCCGUGUCCCAUUUAUUGACGGAAGUGCAUUUUUGCUUUUGUAUUUCUUUGCUUUAAGUAGGUCUACAUGGUAGUUCACAAAAACACCGCGAUCUGGCUUAACCGUGCUGCCACUAUCCCACUGGUGCCGUUGAUCGUCUCGUGACUUGGUGUUCCCUGUACAGAAAGCGCCGCUCGGGAGCAGCGGCUGUAUUUUAUAGAGAUGUGAUGAAAAAGAAAAAAAAUAUAAAGUUCAUAUUCUUUUAUUUCAUUUAUUUUUAGAUUGUACAAUGCACAGUAAACUUGUAAAGACUUAUUUAUUCAAGUGCACAAAGUUGAGGAGAAGGGUGGUGUAUCCGGUAGGAAUCGCGCCGCUCUGCAGCUCAGGCUGGAGCGAGCACCAACAAAGGAAACUACAGUUCAAGAAGGGGAAUUGCAACAGCAAAAUGAGUAGAAGAAAAGGACGUUUAGGCUUUGGGGAAACAACUGCCUGAUGGUCCCGAGGCUCUGAGGGACAGCACUGUCCUCAAAUCCCUUCCAGGUCACUACUGCUCCCGGAGGACUCUUCCACCUCCAGCAAUGGGGCAUCCACCUUAGACUGGAGCCUUGCCCCACCAGCCCUUCCCCACCCCCGAUGGAGCAUCCCGAGGGCACAGAACACUGGGCAUUUAAUUAAUUAAUGCGUUAAACACACUUUAGGUGUCUGUUCUUGUAGUCAGUGAGAUACCUCUGCCCCCGGGUGCUCUCUCCUGCUCCAGGCUCCGGGAGGAAGGGUUGUGGGCACGAUGCUGGUCAUCUUCAGAGUGGUGAGGGAGAGGGGCUGUAGCAGCUCCUGCCUUCUACCGACAUCAGUGGGGCCCUUUUCUCUGUACCUCAUCCAUCUUCAUAGAGAUUUAGGAUAAAAUUCAGUAAUUUUGUUGAUUCUUAAGCGUGUCUUCCAUAGGCAGGCUUUGUGCACAGAAACUGUUGGUCUAAUUUUGCUGUCUCCUUCACCGGGAAGGGAAGGGAGUGAUAGCCCUGGAAACUGGGGACACUUUGGAGCUGUUUUGUGCUUGGCGUGUGGGAGAGGACUUGAGAGCGCGGCGCCCUGCUGAGUUAUUAACAGCGAAGUGAAAACUUGGGAUAAAAGGGCAAAAACGCUCAGAGGGUGAGAGCUGAGAAACAUCCAGUAGCUUCUCGUAGGAGCCGUACACAGUUUAUAUGUCCUGGAAUCCAGGAGGACAAUGUAACCCAGAUGUUUUGCAGCUGGGAGUUGGGCAGCUCCAGCUUCUUCUGGAUCUGUGGGUCACUGGGAGUUGGGGAGCUGCCUUCGCAUCCUUCCUUCCCAGCCACCGGCAGAGCACGCGGGUCUCUGAAGGCUUGGUGUUGGUAGGCUGUGCCUGAGCAUUGCAGCCUUAAUUGCAUCCCCCCCCUGUCUCUUACACCCUUGACAAGAGAGAUGAGGAAAUACAAGUAGAAGCUUUUCAUCACUCUGCUUUUAUCAGAUCCUUUUCUGAAAAGGGACCAAGUUACGGUGCUCCUUGGACCUCUUGUGCCCACCUUCAUCUCAAAGCACAGAAGAAUCCGACAAGAGAACUUGGUGCCAUCCCUUGCUCUCUAUGGGGAGGGUUCCCUUGUGCUCACACCCAAGGUGCUUAUAGGACACGAGCAAAGAUGCCCAUUUGGAGGAGGAACCGAUGUCCGGAGCUCCGUGGAACCUGCUGUGCUCCCCAACAUCUGCUGGAGGCCUGGAUCACCCAGUGGCUCCUGGCACCGCUCCUCAGCUUGAUGGAAUGACUUGCUUUGCCCCAAGGUUCACAGCGUGCCAGGAAUCGGUGUCUGGGGAGCCAGACAGAGAUGGUUUAGUGGUGGACUUGGCAGUGUGAGGUUGAUGGUUAGACUUGAUGGUCGUAAAGGUCUUUUCCAACCUAAAUGACCCUUUGGAGCAAAGGCCCUGGACAAGUCUUGGUUUGUCAUCUGCUCCGGUGGGUGUCGUAGAAAAGCAAAACCCCCUCUGUCCUGCAGUGUCCCGUGUGGUGGGGGGUGAAUGGUGAUGGGUGGUCACCCGGUGUCUGUUGCUGGAGAUGAGCAGCACAGGCUGUAGAUAUCAGCUCAACACACGUGCGCCAUCAAGGCGUUCUCAGUGACCCAGGAUUUUGGAGCCUGUGACUCCCCAGCUGUCGUCCGGGAAGUCCAGAGGAACCCAGACACUGACCCAGGAACAAACGUGUAGUUGGGACGGACUUGAAAGGGAUUCGAUCUGCGGCCAACCUGCCAAGCAUCUGCUUCAGCCUCCUGGGGCCUGCUGGGACUGGCCUUCAUCUACCUCUGCGUCGUCUCAGCCCUGCUGUUCCUGGUGACCCGACCUUUCCAUCUCGGCAGCCCUGGAGCUGCUCUGGCCUGGCCAGUGUCUUCCACCCCCACCCGACACCGCUGGCACCUUCUCCUCGUGAUGCCCACUGAGAUGUGCUUCCAGGCAGGUGCCCCCGAUGCUGAUGCUCGGGGGGAGCAGAGGUGGGAGACCAGGCGAGGAUGGGUUUUGGACGGGUGUUUUGAUGUUGCAUGAACUGGGAGAUGUUGCCAAGAGAUUUGUGCUGUCGUCUGCCCCACUCCCUCAUCUUUUAUCGCUUUGCCGUAACCUCGAGCAAGUUCAACUUGUUUCUUCUCUGUCUGCAGCCCAGGAGAGCGUUCACCUUGCUCUGGGCUGCGGAAGGGACAGCUCUUGGAGACGUGAAGAUCUGAUCCAUAUGGCUACAAGGAUAAGCCCCUCCUGACCCUCCUGUAGGAGCGCUCUGCCAGAGGUCUGAAACCUGCUUUCAAUAAUUGGAGAUAAUUUUGAGUAAUCAAAGCCAAACAGCUUCCAAAAAGGAAUUCCUUCAGCCUUAACCACAUCCUGUCGGCUCUGGUCCUUUCGUGGCUGUCACACGUGUUCCUUCUCCUCCAGGCCACCGCCAGCGAGGGACUCGUCGGGAAGCUGAGAUCCAUCUUGUAGCACGUACGUUGCCAAAAAAAGACAAGGAACUUCCUGAGCGUUGCGCCGGGCAGGACCCGUGUCCCGCUGCGGAGCCCCAGCCCCGGGGACCAGCCCUGAGCUGAACUCUUCCUUUUUUGGUGAUUUGCUGCCUCUGGCUCGCGCUUCCCGGGUCGGGUCCAUUGAGACCCACCGUGUUGAGAAGCUGAGCGAGCUCCAAGAGCAGGAAACCUGAAGUCAACGUUCGCUGCCCGUUAGUCAUUCGGCACCAAUCCCUCCGUUAGCCACCGGUGGGGCACCCAGCAGCCACUGGUCAGUUGGUGAGGGAGAAAGUGGUUGGAAGAGGUGGAGGGUUGGGCUGAACCCGAGCUGCUGCGCAGGGUGAUGGGGACAUCAAGCUGUCCCUGGUUCCCUCUUGUUUUGGGGCAAAUGAGGCUGUUUCCUUUAGGAAGGUGUGGAUCAGGCUGGACAACCGUGAUGAUGGGAAGUGUCUUCACCCCCCAUACUCUUGGUUGUGGGUGCAAGGGGAAAGAGGUGAAGGGGAAUGUGCUUUUUGGAGAAGCCACCAACAACGGGGAGUGUAGCCCAUCCUGGAUGUAUGUGACACUUGGAGACAAAGUGCCAUCUCCGACUGGUUUCUUCUAACAGCGGGAACUCCUGUCUCCUUGGCCACGAAGAAAUUGUGCUUCCAUCUCACCUCCUGCCUUCCUCGUGGCUGCUUUGUCUUCAAGGGUUUGUGCAGAUGGAGGUGAGCUUGUAGGGUCUGGAUCUGAUGGCACCUGCAGUCGCUGGAGUGCCCAGGACAGGAUGGUUGUAUCACUUGGUCUUGAAGGGAUCUACCUUCACUGGUUUUGAGCGUCAAGAGCUUUCAAAUCCCCAGGACUUGAUGCUCCUCAGCCUGAGACUCACCCAACUCUUUGUCACUUGUUGAAUCUCAAGUUGUAGUGUUGAGUAGCAUUUUUCUUUCUUUAAUCAAACUUUAUACCCAAGCAAGUAACUUCUUCACUUGAAAUCUGCUGAGCAGAUGGGUUUUGGGCUUGAGAAGCUCUUCCAUUGCAUCUGACAUCUCACACUGGAGGGUUGCUUCUGUGCUGCUUGGCCGGUCAGGGUGGAUGGCCCGGCUCAGUGGGGUCUGACAUGUGGGUGCCUGCCCUCACCCCUGUGGGGACAAGAGUUUCCUUCUGAGAGGCCUUGGUGACACUUCUUCCUCAGCCAGCUCCUUCAGGGGUUGGACUAGAUGACCUUUAAAGGUCCCUUCCCAUCCAGACUGUUCUAGGAGUCUCUGUACAGAUUAAUCUGGGAUUGUCGCUUUGCCUUGGAAAAUCCAUGGGAGGGAUGAGUGGGAGGGAGAUGGAUGAGGAGGACAAGAGGGAUGGGACCCAGUUCUGCCUCGGGUGGGGCCACAGCAGCAGUUGCAGGUCAGGUCUCCACACCAGGAUGGAUUUACCCCCUGUGGUGGUGGGAUCCUGUCUCAUCCCAGCCUUCCCUCAGAGGGGGCUCUUGUCUGCCUUUGGGCUUCCCCUUCCAGGAGAAGGUCUACUCUGGAGUGACGAGGCUGUGGACAGGCAGCUUGGGGUGGCUUCCAGGGACCUGUGUACUUCGAUUCUUGCCAGGAUUGUGUAUUUAGAGAGCAGCAUCUGCUCCCCACACCCGUUAUGGUUCCACUUGGAGGAGAGUCCGAGCAGGGGAGAGCAUUGGUGGAUGCAGAGCUGGUUUCUGCCGUGGGGCAGGGCAUGGACUCAGCUUUUGUUCAGGUGAUGGUUUCGGUGGGACCCAGAGUCACUGAGAGCAGUUUGAAGGCCAUUGUGUGCUUCCAUCUCCGCUGAGUUUAUACAGAGGGCCCACUUCUGGGACUCCUGUGGACCCACCGGUGGCCCUGGCACGAGGACCUGUGGGACCUGUGCCCUUGCGGUGCUCCUGCAGCAGGGGCUGGUUGCUGUGGGUAGGAGGGUGGCUCUGGGUGGGCAUUUGGGACCUUUACACAACAAAAGGCUGCUCUCUCAGCCUCGGUCCCUGCCCUGCUCCAGCUCUUACCGUUGCUGGAAGAGGAGGUGUCCAGCUCUGGGAGCUUGAUCUCAAGCUGCUGAUGGUGACUCCCCUCCCGGCUGGGACUUCCCCGUGUCCUUCCUUCCCAGCUGGGUCUGGGGUUGGUGCUAAUCACCCCAAGCUCUAAUAACAAAUGUGGUGUCCCCCUGGGGGCUGAUGGCAGGAGAGCCCUUGUCCCCUCCAGGGCUGAUGGCAGGAGAGCCCUUGUCCCCCCGGGGCUGAUGGCAGGAGAGCCCUUCUUUAGGACUCGGUGACUUUGUCCCAGCGCUGACCUCGGGUGGCUUUGGCUGAUCAUGUCCUUCGUGUGACCCCGUUGCUUUCCGUGCUGAAAUCGGUCUUUUUAAUUACACAGGGUAUGGAAACCUGCAGAUUAUUGAUGGAUUUUUUUUCCCUUGGAGGGAGUUCUCCCGCCUCACGGGGGUGGGUGGCCGGAAAAAUCCGGUUUUUGUGGUUUUACCUGAGCCAGAAGCACGAAGAGAUUGAGCGUGGGGAGCGGUGGUGUCCCCAGCGAAGGGGGGACCUUGUGCCGGGGGCUGCAAACCAUCAGGAAUGGCUUUUAAAAAUCACAGUUUGGGGAGAAGAAACUGGACAGUGUUUUUGUGAACUAUCUUUGCAGCACUGAGGGAAAAAAAAAAAAACAAAAAAUCCCAAGAAUUGGCUUUUUUGGAAG